AUUUGCUUGUUUGGCCUUCUGUUUCUUGUUUAGGCGUCUCUACCAUUAUAGUCUAGAGAGAGAGAGAGAGAUAGAAAGUCUGAGAUGGAGAAAGCUAUCAACAGGCAACGUGUUCUGCUGGAACACCUUCGACCUUCCUCUUCUUCUUCUUUUGUUUACGGCACCGAUUCUUCUUCUUCUCCUCCUCCUCCAAUCGCGGCAUCAGCAUGUGCAGCUGGGGAUAGUGCUGCGUACCAUAGGACUUCGGUGUUUGGGGACGAUGUUGUCAUUGUCGCAGCGUAUCGGACUCCAAUUUGCAAAGCCAAGCGUGGUGGUUUCAAGGAUACAUAUGCCGAUGAUCUCCUUGCACCAGUUUUGAAGGCAGUGAUAGAGAAAACCAAUGUGAAUCCUAGUGAAGUUGGGGAUAUUGUGGUGGGUACCGUGUUGGCCCCAGGAUCUCAAAGAGCAACUGAAUGCAGGAUGGCUGCAUUCUAUGCUGGUUUCCCUGAAACUGUGCCUAUCAGGACUGUGAAUAGGCAAUGUUCAUCUGGGCUUCAGGCAGUUGCUGAUGUUGCUGCAGCUAUAAGAGCUGGAUUUUAUGACAUUGGCAUUGGAGCUGGCUUGGAAUCCAUGACUUCUAGUCCAAUGGCAUGGGAAGGAUCGGUGAAUCCCAAAGUAAAGAUCUUUGAACAAGCCCAAAAUUGUCUUCUUCCCAUGGGGAUAACCUCAGAAAAUGUUGCACAUCGUUUUGGUGUAACUAGGCAGGAACAAGAUCAAGCUGCAGUCGAGUCACAUCAACGAGCUGCUGCUGCUACUGCCUCUGGUAAAUUUAAGGAUGAAAUUAUUCCUGUGCCAACCAAGAUUGUCGACCCAAAAACUGGUGACGAGAAGCCUGUUACAAUCUCUAUUGAUGAUGGGAUUCGACCUAAUGCAAGAUUUUCAGAUCUGGCAAAGCUGAAGCCUGUUUUUAAGAAAGAUGGGAGUACCACUGCUGGCAAUUCUAGCCAAGUGAGUGAUGGUGCUGGGGCUGUUCUCCUCAUGAAGAGAAGCAUUGCAGUGCAAAAGGGACUACCCAUCCUUGGUGUAUUCAGGACUUUUGCUGCUGUUGGUGUUGAUCCCGCAAUCAUGGGUGUCGGCCCAGCCGCUGCAAUUCCAGCUGCUGUCAAGGCUGCCAGUUUAGAGCUUGAUGAUAUUGACCUUUUUGAGAUUAAUGAGGCAUUUGCAUCCCAAUUUGUAUAUUGUCGUAACAAGCUGGAACUUGAUCCAGAAAAAAUCAAUGUGAAUGGAGGUGCUAUAGCCCUUGGGCAUCCUUUGGGUGCUACAGGCGCUCGCUGUGUUGCUACUUUAUUGCAUGAGAUGAAGCGUCGUGGAAAAGACUGCCGCUUUGGAGUGAUAUCAAUGUGCAUAGGCUCUGGAAUGGGGGCAGCCGCUGUUUUUGAACGGGGGGAUGCUGUUGAUGACCUCUGCAAUGCCCGGGUAGUUCAAAGCAAUAGUCUUUUAUCUAAGGAUGCUUGGUAGAAUAUUUUUUCCUGCUGCUUAUGGCAAAGUCCUAUGAAUAAUGUCAUGACUGGGAUUGGAACUCCUAGUAAAAGCAUUGUAAUAAUUUGACAUUAUGUUUUGUUAAAAAUCUACAGGGAUUAAAGGAUUGAAGUAAUUAGUUAAAAUUUCUUCUCUGCACUCUUA